GUCGUAAGCUCGGGUUGAGGUGCGAGCGUGGAACUUGGAGUGGCGGCUCUGGAGUCCACUCGGCACAUGGACGCGCCGGAGAAUCCCGAGGGCCCUCGCCCACCAGGAGUGCUUCAUCCAGGUUCUGGAAUCAGAUGCCCAACUACAUGCCUGUAAUUGCAGCCUGUUUGCAUUCAAGCUGCUGGCCCAGCAGGCGGUGCAGGACAGCCACCCAGGCGGCUUUCCAAAGACCAGCUUUUUGUACUGAUAUCUGUAGCAUCCGUGAACUUAAGUUCCAUGAUGGGCUAUGCCAUCCUUGGACCCUUCUUCCCCAAGGAGGCUGAAAAGAAGGGAGCCAGUAAUACUGUGAUUGGUAUGAUCUUUGGAUGUUAUGCUUUGUUUGACUUGCUGUCAUCUUUGUUGUUUGGAAAAUAUCUUGCACAUUUUGGAGCAAAAUUUGUGUUUGUAGCAGGAACAUUUGUCUCAGGAGCAGUUACAGUUCUCUUUGGUGUCUUGGAUCAAGUGCCAGAUGGACCAAUAUUUAUUGUUAUGUGUUUUCUGGUGAGGAUAAUGGAUGCAGUGAGCUUUAGUGCAGCCAUAACUGCUUCCUCUUCUAUCAUCGCGAAGGCUUUUCCAAAUAACGUAGCUACAGUAUUGGGAAGUCUUGAAACUUUUUCCGGAUUAGGACUAGCCCUGGGUCCCCCUUUAGGUGGCUUUUUAUAUCAAUCCUUUGGCUAUGAAUUGCCUUUCAUUUUUCUGGGCUGUAUCGUCCUCCUGAUGGUUCCAUUCAACAUGUGUAUUUUACCCAAUUAUGAGGCUGAUGUAGGUAAACACUCCUUCUGGAAACUCGUCACUUUACCCAAGGUUGUGCUGAAUGCCUUUGUCAUUAUCUCAUCCAGCUCAUGCUUUGGCUUCCUGGAUCCGACUUUGUCACUUUUUGUUUUGGAGAAGUUUAAUUUACCAGCUGGAUAUGUGGGACUGGUAUUCCUGGGUUUGGCGCUGUCUUACACCAUUUCCUCACCACUGUUUGGUUUGCUGAGUGACAAAAUGCCUCAUCUAAGGAGAUGGCUUCUGGUUUUUGGAAACAUAAUCACCGCAGGCUGCUUCAUCCUCUUAGGCCCUGCCCCAGUCUUGCAGAUUAGAAGCCAGCUCUGGUUGCUGGUCCUGGUGUUGGUGGUGAACGGCAUUUCUGCUGGCAUGAGUAUUAUUCCAACUUUCCCAGAGAUUCUCAGUUGUGCCCAUGAAAAUGGAUUUGAAGAGGGAUUAAGCACACUGGGACUUGUAUCGGGUUUUUUCGGUGCAGCCUGGUCACUUGGUGCUUUUAUAGGACCAACAGUUGGUGGAUUUCUAUAUGAGAAAAUUGGUUUUGAAUGGGCAGCAGCAAUACAAGGCCUGUGGGCUCUGAUAUGUGGAUUGGCCAUGGGCUUGUUUUAUCUGCUGGAGCACUCGAGGAGAAGAAGAUCCAUACUCCAAAACAUCCAGGGCACAGAGUGGGAACGGACUGCUCUGCUCUCCGAGGAAAUCCACCCUUGCACUGUUCUGGAGUGAUUCAAGAGUGGGAGAUCCCCUGGCCUUGAACCUGGAGCCAGCCUUGAACCUGGCUGCUGAGAGAGGGAUUCUCCUGGCCUUGAACCUGGCUGCUGAAAGUUUCCUUACUAUUUCUGUGUUUGCACAGACUCCACGGACUUCAUGCUAGCAGUCUAGAAAUGCUAGUGUGCUUUGAUGAUCCCAUGUUGGGCUGCACGACUAUUGUCUUGAGAAGCUGGCCUGUUGGCAGGCACAUUUGAGAUCUUAAGGAUGAGCGUGGUAGUUGGACAAUCAGGCGAAGUUUGCCUUUUCUGAGUAACCACACUUAGGCUUGACUAUUUUCCUCAUGCCGUUGCAUUUCCUUGCUUUUUAUUCUAAGCGCUGAUUCUGAAUAUGAUUUUUUUUAUGACCAACAACUGAAAUGAAUUGAUACAUUCAAAAUA